CCCCGGAUGUCUAUCUCCGGACUUCCCCUUAGCAACCGAGUGGCGGCACUUGGUUCCCCAGCAACAGAGAGGAGACGUGUUUGCUGCCGAGAAUCAGCCCUGUUACUAGUGCUUGAGAGGUGAGCCGCGGGAGUUGAGGCUCCAAGAGGACUUGCAGAGGCGGAGCACCUGAUUCUUUCCUUUGACCCUUUUCUCUGAGGAUUCCAGCCCGGCACUUCUCAUAUGUAAAGCUUCACCAACAAUGCUAUCAUCAGGGAAGAUGAACCGGAUCUAUGACUCGGUGGAGCCAAGAGUGAUGGACGACGACAUACUCAAGCUGGCUGUGGGGGAGCAGGGUCCCCAGGAGGAGGCUGGGCAGCUGGCCAAGCAGGAAGACAUCCUCUUCAAAGAUGUCCUGUCUCUGCAGCUGGACUUCCAGAACAUCCUCCGCAUAGACAACCUCUGGCAGUUUGAGAACCUGCAGAAGCUGCAGCUGGACAACAACAUCAUUGAGAGGAUAGAAGGCCUGGAGAACCUCACACAGCUGGUCUGGCUGGAUCUGUCCUUCAACAACAUCAAGGUUAUCGAGGGACUGGAUACCCUGGUCAACCUGGAGGACCUGAGUUUGUUCAACAAUAGGAUCUCCAAGAUUGACUCUCUAGAUGCACUGGUCAAGCUACAAGUCCUGUCACUGGGCAACAACCAGAUUGACAACAUGUUGAAUAUCAUCUACCUUCGGCAGUUCAAGUGCCUGCGGACACUCAGCCUCUCAGGGAACCCCAUUACUCAGACAGAGGCUUACAAGAUGUUCAUCUACGCCCACCUUCCUGACCUUGUGUACCUGGACUUCAGACGCAUCGAUGACCACAUGAAAGAGCUGGCAGAAAUGAAGUACCAGUACAGCAUUGAUGAGCUGAAGCACCAGGAGCACCUGAGGCAGGCCCAGCUGGAGGAGGAACAGGCCUGGCGGGUGAAACUGGAGGAAUACAAGAUGGCGUUUGUCGAACACCUGAACGGUUCCUUCCUAUUUGACAGCAUGUACGCUGAAGACGUGGAGGGCAGCAAGCUGUCCUGUCUCCCCAUUGUGAGCAAGCUCCUCGAAGUCUACAAGGACAAAUUUGUCAUCAUCUGCCUGAAUAUUUUUGAUUAUGGCCUGAAACAGCAGGAGAAACGGAAACUGGAGCUGAAUACCUUCAAUGAGUGUGUCCAGGAGGCCAUCCAGGAAAACCAGGAACAGGGCAAACUCAGGAUCGCCAGAUUUGAGGAGAUGCACCUGCUGAAUCUAAGUGCCAUUCGAGAAGAGUCUGAACUGCUCAUCAUCGAGAAAAAGAUAGUGGAGUGCAGUGAGGACAUCUCAGCGCUCUUCAACGUGCUCAUGACACUGGAGAUGCAGCUGGUAGAACAGCUAGAGGAGGCCAUAAACAUGUUUGAAAGGAACAUCACUGACAUGGUGGACAUGUUUAUCGAAAACGUCCAGAGCCUGAUGGCUCAGUGUCGAGACCUGGAGAACCACCACCAUGAGAAACUCUUAGAGAUCUCUAUCAGCACCCUUGAGAAAAUCAUCAAAGGCGAGCUGGAUGAGGAGCUGCCUGACGACGUGCGCGCACUUUUUGCUGACAAAGACACAAUUGUAAAUGCUGUUGGGGCAUCACAUGACAUCCACCUCCUGAAGAUUGACAAUAGGGAAGAUGAGCUGGUGACCAGGAUCAAUUCUUGGUGUACACAUUUAGUAGACAAGAUUCACAAGGAUGAGGUCAUGAGGAAUCGCAAGCGAGUGAAAGAGAUCAGUCAAUACAUCGACCACAUGCAGAGUGAGCUGGACAACCUGGAAUGCGGUGAUAUGGAUUAGGUGCAUAUCAGCCAGAAGGUUCCUUUCCAAAUGCAGCAUGAGCUCCUACCACAGUGAGGAUGUGGGGGCAUGCACUGGCUGCCUCAGGAGAGAAUUAUGGGCAGUUCUUCAACCCAUGUCUCCCCAAAUACCUUUCUUCCUCUACCUACCCUGGAGAAAGUUCCAAAUGUAGAGUAAAAAAAGAAAAAAAUGAGAAUGUACAUUCAUGGAUCAACAGGAGAAAAGAUGAAGAAUAGCAGGUCCCUGGCCAGUCUACAAGAGUGGCUCCCUAGGGCCUGGCAGUCAGCUAGAGGUAUCUAUGGCUGAAUACCAGAUAUGGGCAGGGCUAUUCCCUCAGCCAUGCUAAGAGCAGGCUGCAGACAUGAGCUCAGCCCUUCCUGCUUCUGGGUGGUGAGGACCUGGAAGCAGACAAGGUCAUAGCUGCCACCACCACCACGCUAGAGCCUGGGCUAUCCCUCCAAGGCAAAGAUUGUGGCCCCCUUUGACUUAGAGCUUGGCUUCAGGUACUUGAGUCUGCUCCAGAAUUUAAGGGUGCAGAGUGGGCAUCCAAACUGUGACAGUAACUCCUCAGAGUACCAUUGAGGGGUUCAGGAAGACAGGGCAUAGGAAGUGUGGGAAAGGUAACUGGUAUGGGGUCAGUGCCCCAUGAGUGAGGUGAUGCCAUCUUGUUACUCAGGUGUGGGAGGGCAUGGGUCAAAAAGCCUUUGCCUGCUGGGUAUUUUGGUACACACUGUAAUCCCAGCACUCCGGGAAACUGAGACAGGAGGCCCGUAAGUUUGAGCCCAACCUGGGCUACUUAGUGAGACUCUGUCUCAAAUUUAAAAAGGGCUGCAGCUAGAGCUCAGUGUAAAGGCCCUGGGUUCAAUCCCUAGAAUCGCCAAAAAACCACUCUCCCUACUUCCCUUCCACUGAGCCUGGCUCCAGGAAGCAGCACUUAAUUGCCAGGAUGGUAGCAGUAGCCAUGCUGGAAGGAGUCUCAGGACUCCCAUGUAGAAGAUGAGUAGAAACAUGCAUGUAUUAGCUUUCCAUCACUAUAACAAACGUUUGACAUGUCAACUUAUAGAGAAAAUUUACUUUGGCUCACAGUUUCAAAGGGUUCAGUCUGUGACCAAGUAUGGCCGUGUUGACAUGGGAACUGUGGUGAGGUACACAUCGUGAUGAGAAUAUAUGAUGAAGCAAAACAGCUCACCUCAUGGCCAGAAAGCAAAAGAGAAAAAAAAGAAAGGGCUAUAGUCCCUUAAUGCCCUUUGAGGUUACAUCCCCAAUCACCUAAAAACCUCCCACAUGCUCCUACUUCUUAAAGGUUCCACCACCUCCCAACAGCACCACUCUGGGGAACAAACAUUUGGAUUUCAGAUCCAAAUUAUAGCAGUACAUUUUAGGUGACCUUG